GGCGAAGCACCUGCCGGAAUGCGCCUUAGGGCGCAGCUGGAGGAAAUGGGAAAGCGCUCCAGCAACAGGUGCCGGGGGAGAUCAAGCCGAGGGAGGAAGGGAGUUGCUUGCAUCGGCUCGCUCCUUUCCAGAUAAUACUAACAAUAACAAUAAUCGUAAAAGGCGAGGCUUCCCUUCUCAAGCGGAAAAGCAAGGCCAACACCUCCCUGAGUUAGGAGUAGAGGGUGAGGUUUGUUUGCGCAGAGGGAUCCGGCCGGUGGGCGGAGGAGGCGGCGCCAUGGCCUGGAGCUGGCGAUGGCAACACCUAGGGCUCUUUCUCGGCCUCAGCUGGCUCCCGACAGGUUGCUUCUCCAUCCUGGUGACUGUGCCAGUUGCUGAGCGAUACACAACUUUAUUUGCCUCUGUGACGCUCAGGUGUGACUACAGUACCUCUGCCCCACUGCAGGAUGUGCUAGUUACCUGGCGCUAUAAGUCCUUUUGCAAGGAUCCCAUCCUUGACUACUACAGUGUUGCCUAUCAAGCAGGCCUAGCUAUUGGCCAGGACCCUUCCAACGACUGCAAUGACAAUCAGCGGGAAAUACGCAUUGUUGCUCAGAGAAGAGGGCAAAAUGAACCUGUGCUUGGUGUUGAUUACAGACAGCGGAGGAUAACCAUUCAGAACAAAGCAGAUCUCCUGAUCAAUGAAGUGAUGUGGUGGGACCAUGGAGUCUACUACUGUAAUGUUGAAGCUCCAGGAGAUACAAGCGGGGACCCAGACAUAGAGGUCAAGCUCAUUGUUCUCAAUUGGCUGACUGUCGUCCUUAUUGUCCUUGGUGGCCUCCUCCUCCUCCUGCUGAUAGGGGUGUGCUGGUGCCAGUGUUGCCCUCAGCAUUGCUGCUGCCAUGUGCGCUGUGCCUGCUGCCCAACUCGCUGCUGCUGCAAUGAGAAAGUGCUGGAACGACAUCAGUUCAUGAAACAGGCUCAACAACUUUUCCCAUGGAUGACGCACCACUCCCAGUCAUCUUCAUAUCAACUAAACCCAUUGCUACAGAGAGAUAUGUCUCUGCAGAGCAGUCAGCCACGGAUGCCUCCACUUACCCAGUUGCCCUCCAACAAGCUCUUGGAGCAGCUUGAGUCUGAGGUCAGGAACCUUGGCGUUUCCCAGCCCAUGAUACCUCCGCACCGCGUUGAGAGCAGUCGUCACCCUAGCAUCCUCUCCUCUCUGGGCUCAGAGAUCGUGGAACGCAGAGUGAUCCAACUGCCUCCCAUCAUUGAGCGCAUCCCAUCCUCCCGCAGAACUAGUGGUUCAUCACGACCACGGCGGUCGACAUAUGCCUCGCGACCCCGGAGCCAGGCGAGUGACGACGAGAGGGAGAGGAGGAGGAGGCGCUUGUCUUUGGAUGAAGAAGACGAUUCCUACUCCAGUUACGACCAGGAACUCCGGAACAGACCUAGAGACCGCAUAGUCGAGAGGCAGAGAGCUGCCAGCCAUUAUGACAGGUCUCGGAGUUCUAGGCCAGACUUAUCUCCCAUUUUGCAUGGUAGGAACAGUUCUGAUUCGUAUCCUGAGGAGGAUAGAAGGGAGCGUUCCGCACGGCAUCCCUCUGACAGAAGGUAUUCAGGGCAGCGGGCUUAUCGACCUCUCAGUCAGAGGAGCAGGGACUCUUAUCACCAGGGCCGCCGGCGCCGCCAUCGCAGCUGUUCUCCACCAUCCCGCCGGGAGUCGUGGAGUUCAUCUGAUGAGUACGAGCGCUUCCAAGGGAACAGCAGGCGGCAUCGCCAGCGCCGCUCUCCAGACUGGCCAGAGAAACCCCCUAGUUACCGCUCGGUAGAAAUCAUCCCAGCCAAAGGCGACAAAGCCAGAAGCCUUGCGGAGCAGCAAUCGGAAAAAGGCAGUUCUCGCAGCGGAAGAAGCGUUGUCAUUUAGUCUUUUCUUCCUGCUAUUGUAAAAAAAAAGUCUGCAAAUCAAAACAGUCAUUAGCUGUUCAGUGUAGCAGCCAACGAGAGGAAUCUGUUUCAUCUCAACCACCUUCAGCCUGGAUUUCCUCAUCUUGGACACUUUGAUUUCCAAUGCAGCGGUUCAUGAAAAAGCAUCGUUUUGCUGAUAAAGCAGGAAUGAGAUGGAACUGCUUUUCAACAACAUCUAGUUCCCAACAUCCCUGCUCUAGGGUUUGCUAGACGGUUGGCUUUUAAAAACACACUUUGUACAGGAAUAAUUUGUACAAGAUUAAUUGCUUAAUUUUUGUACAAAUCUUGCAACUGCAUACCCAAUAUACCUAAGGUUAAUACAUGUUGAAAUUAACUGAUUGCCAAUUGCCUGACUCAGAGCCUGACGAAAGUAGCCUUGGAUUGCAUCAGACUUUGCAAUUUGAUAUUUACAUGAACCGGUUACUGAAUGAACUGUACAAGACAGCUCAGUUGCUGAGCACUGUGAGCAAACAGAAAUUAACCAAGAUAAACAUUCUGAGGAUUUGGUAUUGUAAUUCAGGUGACUCACAACUUACAUGCAUUUAACUUAAGCACAUUCAGCUUUACACGGUUGGCAAUUAUUAUUAUUAUUAAUAAUAAUAACAACAACAACAACAACAACAAAAGGGGGGCGGGCGUCCAGGAAAAAAGACUUUGGCAAUCCCACCUGGAAUUGAACCCAACACGUUUUGGCAAUAUGUGAUUUUAGCUUUACACGCUAUCCCUGGAACAUAACCCCCGUGUAAGUUGAUCACCAGACCUGUACAUUGAUCACCAGACCUAAGGCCUGGUUCAUAGAUGCACUUUCAUCACUUGAUGGCCAACAGAUGAACAGACGAACAUUGACUUGUGUUCAAGGAGACUUGUGUGAGCCAUGAGACAUUUUUGAUGGCACAAGGCAGCCCUGCCAAGUUCUUAGGAUUUUCUUGUCCUGCUGCAGGCCCCCGUUCCCGCAUCUCACAGCAUGCUAAACUAGCAAUCUUCCACCCUCUCUGGAGUGGCUUAGGGAGGGAGACGUAGAGGGGGAGCCAAGAGAGCUCCAUUGUACCAAUGGCAUCCCACUAUUUCUCCUCUGGAUCCAUCCCAUUGAGUUUGGCUUAAGGAAAAAUGAAAGUUCUGUUCUAGAGCCAGACUGCAGUGUUGGACCUAAUACCAUGGAGACCCAGGUUCAAAUUUCUACUUGGCCCCAACACCUAAACCACCUUUGGCCACUCACUUCCUCUCAGACUAACCCUUCUCACAGAGACAGAAGGGGUAUUAUAAAGUAUGCUGCUCUGAGCUCCUUAGACGAAAGAUGGGAUACUAAAAUACGUGUGGUAUCAUUCAACAACACAGGUUAUAUGACAUGGGGAACAGGCUCAAAUCAAAGUAGAUAAAUGUGAUGUUUUAUUUAAAAAGACUUCAUAAGGAACCCUUCUUUGUAGAAGCUUCCUCUUUUCAGAUGAUGUAUAGCAGAAUGAAAGGUGCCUAUAGCAGAUAUUUACAGAUACCAGAUCGCACCCAAAUGGAGACUGAAGGUUAUCCAUUGCGUAAUCAUUUGAUUUUUUUAAUCACAGACAAUAAAUGUGCACCCAGAUAACUGGUGUGCCACGAAGUGUAAAAAGUAGCUAACAAAAAUGUUGGUUCUGUUUAUCAUUUAACUUCUGUAAAGUACAUUUACCUCUUUUCUGAAAUGUAAUUGCAUCUUCUACACUGUACUAAAUGUGAAAUAGAUUGUUAGAGACUAUCAAUUAUAUGUAGAUUUAACAAGA